AAGACAGAUCCUAAUCACUCUAGGAGAGAGAAACUUAACCACAGCGUGCUUUCCUUUUGAGAUUAGUAUACUUUCCAGAGAGAGAAGUUUCUUGUAAUAACGCUCAAGCGUUUCAGGAAACAGCCCUGUUUAAGUUACAAACACUUCUGCCUAUAAGUACUAUUUGAGUUGUUGACGAAGAAGAAACAAGAUGGAGUGGCCUGCUCAUCUCGAUGAAUAUGAAAAGCUUGUUAUUCGAAUGAACACGCCUAGGGUGAUGGUUGAUAAUGCUGGCUGUGCUAAUGCCACCAGAGUUAUGAUUGACAGUGCUAGAAAACAUGGAAUUCUUUUAGAAGCCAUUCAAAUUCUCACAGAUCUUGACAUGUCGAUUAAGAAAGCUUAUAUUUCUUCUGAUGGAAGAUGGUUCAUGGAUGUUUUUCAUGUGACUGAUUUGAAUGGAAACAAGUUAACAGAUGAAAGUGUAAUCGACUACAUGGAACAGUCUCUAGGUAAAAUCCAAUUUGCUGGAUCGAAAAGUAUUGAGGGCUUAACAGCAUUAGAAUUAACAGGAACUGAUAGAGUUGGGUUACUAUCCGAGGUGUUUGCAGUAUUAUCUGAUUUGCAAGUCAAUGUAGUUGAAUCGAAGGUGUGGACACACAAUGGCCGGAUUGCUUCUUUAAUUUAUGUUAAAGACUGUGAUUCGGGGUUCCCCAUUGAGGACGAAUUGAGAAUUGAUAGGAUUGAAGCACGGUUAAGGAAUGUGCUUAAGGGGGAUAAUGACAUUCGAAGUGCUAAAACAUUGGUGUCUCUAGAAGUUACUCAUACGGAAAGAAGGCUUCAUCAGAUGAUGUUUGCUGAUCGUGAUUAUGAACAAAAGCCUAUAAUUAGGACUAAUGAGGAUUCCCCUAUUGUUACGAUCCAGAACUGCUUUGAAAGGGGUUAUUCUGGGGUAAAUGUUCACUGUAAGGAUCGAGCUAAACUUCUGUUUGAUGUCGUCUGCACUUUAACUGACAUGGACUAUGUCGUGUUCCAUGCCACUCUCAACACAACAGGGGACAGAGCUUAUAUGGAAUUUUUCAUUCGACAUGCUGAUGGGACGCCAAUUAGUUCAGAUGCUGAAAAGCAACGAGUGAUUCUUUGCUUAUGUGCUGCAAUUGAAAGAAGAGCAUCCGAGGGUGUGAGACUAGAGCUAUGUGCAGAUGACAGACCAGGUCUAUUAGCGGAAGUAAUGCGGACAUUCCGAGAAAAUGGUCUUAAUGUAACAAGGGCAGAAAUCUCAACUACAUGUGACACAGCUCGAAACUUCUUCCAUGUAACGGAUGCCAAUGGGUAUCCAGCUGAUCCCAAGAUUAUCGAAUCAGUUAGACAGAAAAUUGGAUUCAGUAACUUAAAAGUGAAGGAACUGCCUUUAAUAUAUCAUCAGAAGCCAGAAAGGGAGGAUCAUCCACCCCCAGCAGGUGUUGGUGGGGCAGUCUUGGUAUCAAUAGGAAGCCUAGUGAAGAGGAAUCUCUACAAUUUGGGAUUGAUCAGAUCAUAUUCUUGAUUGAAGAAAGGUAAAUUGUGUUGGCAUAUACUUUGCUUGAAGAGUGAGCUUGUGUGCAUAAAAGAGAAGUAGGUAAAAAUUUGGCAGAGAUUGUUAGAGAUUGCUGGGAUUGUUGGUGUAAUAGUUAAAACACACACAGUUAAAGAUUUUCUUGGAUUGAGAAGAAUCAGAAAAGUGGUAUAGGAAGAUUUGUAGUAGAUUAGGUAGAAAAUUAUAAUUUCUUGUAGAAUUUUCUUGUGAAUACCAAUAGUGCAAAAUUGCAUUUGUAUAUAAUGAUCCUUUUAAGUACUAAUUAAUGGUUGACCUUGUGUCUUUCUUUUC